UCCAUCCGCUCGCCGCACCUGGACGCUGACGGCUCCCGACACCCGGCCGUGACGUCACCGCACCUGGCACAAGCCCGGGGCCGGGUGGUGAGCCUGCACACAGCGGAGCGGGAGGGACUGGAGGAGAGAGAGGGGAUUCUCGCGAGAUUUGCCUCGUCCCAGGCCCAGCUCCCGACACCUUCCCAGCCUCUCUCCCAGUUUCCACCUCAGCCUUUGGCGUCGCAUUCUGGAACGGCAGGCGUCGAAGAAGAGGCGAGGGGCGGGUCCUUGGGCUCCGCGGACGCUCUGGGUUGGAGCCAGCGGCCUAGACGAAACAGCAGGUCUCAUCCCCGUGCGGGAGCGACCCUGGGUGGGAAAGCGGCUGUCUGGGCGGGCGGAGGACGGCCUUCCCACCACCAGGGUUUCGGCGGAGGCCAGGAUCGUGUAGCCGCCACCGCCUCUUUCUGAAGGGCCGUACUGACGGCACUGUCCGAGGAGCACCGCGUGCAGAUGGAGGUACCUCCUCGCCCUGCCUGAGCGCUGGAGGGGCAAGAGCAAGGCGCAGGGCCCGCCUCCCGCCGCCAGAGCGGCGGCGCGAGCAGCUGGAGGAGGAGCGGCGGCGCCGGGCUUCUCCCUGCGGGGGCCCCCAGCAUGGUUGACUAUAUUGUGGAGUUUGACUAUGAUGCUGUACAUGAUGAUGAAUUAACUAUUCGAGUUGGGGAUAUCAUCAGGAAUGUGAAAAAACUACAGGAGGAAGGAUGGCUAGAAGGAGAACUAAAUGGAAGAAGAGGAAUGUUUCCUGACAAUUUUGUUAAGGAAAUUAAGAGAGAUACAGAAUCCAAGAAUGACGAUUUGCCCAUCAAACGGGAAAGGCAUGGGAAUGUAGCAAGUCUUGUACAACGAAUAAGCACCUAUGGACUUCCAGCUGGCGGAAUUCAGCCACAUCCACAAACUAAAAACAUUAAGAAGAAGACCAAGAAACGUCAGUGUAAAGUUCUCUUUGAGUACAUUCCACAAAACGAUGAUGAACUGGAGCUGAAAGUGGGAGAUAUUAUUGAUAUUAAUGAAGAGGUAGAAGAAGGCUGGUGGAGUGGAACCCUGAACAACAAAUUGGGACUGUUUCCCUCAAAUUUUGUGAAAGAAUUAGAGGUAACAGAUGAUGGUGAAACUCAUGAAGCCCAGGAAGAUUCAGAAACUCCUUGGACUGGGCCUACCUUAUCUUUCCCCUCUCCGGGGAAUGGGAGUGAAAGUACACCUGGAUCGGUUACACAGCCAAAGAAAAUUAGAGGAAUUGGAUUUGGUGAUAUUUUUAAAGAAGGCUCUGUGAAACUUAGGACAAGAACAUCCAAUAGUGAAGUAGAAGAGAAAAAAUCAGAAAAGCCCUUAAUCAUACAGUCACAAGGAUCCAGAACUCAGAUGGAGGUAAAAACAGACACUGAAGGUAAAAUUAAAGGUAAGGAAUAUUGGAGAACAUUAUUUGCCUAUGAAGGUGCUAAUGAAGAUGAACUUACUUUCAAAGAGGGAGAGAUAAUCCAUUUGAUAAGUAAGGAGACUGGAGAAGCUGGCUGGUGGAAGGGUGAACUUAAUGGCAAAGAAGGAGUAUUUCCAGAUAAUUUUGCUGUUCAGAUAAAUGAACUGGAUAAGGACUUUCCAAAACCAAAGAAACCACCACCUCCUGUUAAGGGUCCAGCCCCAAAACCUGAACUGAUAUCUGCAGAGAAAAAGUAUUUUCCUGUAAAGCCUGAAGAAAGAGAUGAAAAAUCCAUGCUGGAACAAAAAACUUCUAAGCCAGCUGCUCCACAAGUCCCACCCAAGAAGCCUACUCCACCCACCAAAGCCAAUAAUUUAUUGAAAUCUCCUGGAACAAUGUAUUCAAAGCGACCUGAGAAACCAGUUCCUCCACCACCACCUGUAGCCCGGAUUAAUGGGGAGGUGUCUACAAUUUCAUCAAAAUUUGAAACUGAGCCACUAUCAAAACCAAAGCUAGAUUCUGAACAGUUACCACUUAGACCAAAAUCAGUAGACCUAGAUUCAUUUACAGUUAGGAGCUUUAAAGAAACAGAUCUCGUAAAUUUUGAUGAUAUAGCUUCCUCAGAAAACUUGCUACACCUCACUGCAAAUAGACCGAAGAUGCCUGGAAGAAGGUUGCCUGGACGCUUCAAUGGUGGACAUUCUCCAACUCAAAGCCCAGAAAAAAUCUUGAAGUCACCAAAAGAAGAAGAUAGUGCCAACAUAAAGCCAUCUGAGUUUAAAAAGGACUCUAGCAACUCUCCAAAGCCAUCUCUAUACCUUUCAACACCUUCAAGUCCUUCAAAACCAAAUACAGCUACUUUUUUAACUCCAUUAGAAAUUAAAACUAAAUUAGAAGCAGAUGAUGGUGAAAAAACUUCCCUGGAUGAAAUUAAAGCUGAGAUGAUUGAACUGCUGUGCAUUGUAGAAGCACUGAAAAAGGAUCAUGGGAAAGAACUGGAAAAACUACGAAAAGAUCUGGAAGAAGAGAAGGCAAAGAGAAGUCAUCUAGAGGUAGAAAUAGAGAAGCUGAAAAAAGCAGUCCUGUCUUCUUGAAGAGGCACAGACCCAGUAUUUUUUAUGAUCCAGGGACUCAGAAGCAACACUAUGAACUUCAACUAACUUGUUACUUAAAAUGUUGAUGUUGUGAUGAAGAAACAUGAGUAUUUGAAUUAUAAUAUCUAUAUGAAAGUAGGGGGAGGGUGAAUUUUUUUAUAUAUUUCAUUUUGCCAACAUGAGGGGAAAAAAGAGGCCUUAUUUCCUAUGUGCUGGGAUUGCAAACUUCCUUUUUUAGUUUGCUUGAAAAUACUACUGAAUCUGUAUAAAAAGGAAAGUUCACAAUAGUUUUUUUAAUUGAAACUUGUACUAUUAUUUUUAAAGAGAUCUAUACUAUAAAUAUGGUGAUAUCUUUACAAAUAAUCUGUAAAAUAUACUAUUUGAGAGAGACAAAUUAGCUUUAUAGUAACUACAGUCACUGCUUUUCCCAUACAUUAUACUUAAGAGAUAUAAACUUUAUACAUAAGGAAUAUAAACUUUGUAUAUAUAUAUUUUUUUCUUUCACUUUUAGCUUCUUACCCAGGAUUACACUGUUGUACCUGUUUGUUUGCAGUGCUGUUUAUAUUCUGGGCAAUGAAAUAGAAGUUUCCUAGCUAUAUAUACCAGAUUACUCACCCAUGCAUAUAGUAAUACCUAAUCAAACAGUCGAUCACAAUAAUUUCAUCUGCUUUUGGGAUAUUUUACAUUGCUUGCACUAUAGGAUUUAUAAAAGGAAUUUAAUUAAGGUGGAUUGUUAAAUACAUUUGGGAAAAUAUGAGCUAUAUUUUAAAUUCCUUGGGUCUAAAGAACAUUUAGUCAACCCUUGUUUUGCCUAGAAACUACAGCAUAUACAUAGUAUGCAGACACCAAUCUAAUUGCUGUAUGUUUUUGCUUAUUUUACAGGCUUACAUAUUAUUCAUUUCAUGAUCUUGUGGUUUAAUUCUUUAUGCCCCUCCCUCUGAUUUUUAAUAAUGGUAAACAAAAGUCAAACUUUAAGAAGUUAAAUAUGAGGUUUCAUACUCUGACAAGUUAUCAUUAUGUAAAUACUCGGGUUUUACAAUGCUAAAUUGUCCUGAUACUAAACUACAUCGUGGAGAUAUUUUGGGAUGUGGUCUAGGAACCAACUUUAUAACGAGUGUUAGUAUAUGAUAAAAUUGUAGCUUAUUUAAAACCAAACAUAGUUGUCCACGUUCAAAGUGCGUUUUCACAAAAUUGAUGGUUUACCAUUCCUUCAGUCACUUAUGGACAGUUGAACUUUUUUUUAAUCCUCACCCAACAAUAUGUUUAUUGAUUUUUAGAGAGAGAGGGAGGGAGAGAGGGAAAGAUUGAUCAGUUGCCUCCCAUGUGCAUCCCAUCCGGGGAUCACUCAACCUAGGUCUGUGCUCUGACUGGGGAUGAAACCUGCAACCUUUUGGUGCACAGGAUGAUGCUCUGACCAACUGAGCCACCUGGACAGGGCAACCGUUGAUCAUUUUUAAAGUGUUAUAUGUAUAGUCUUAAAGUGUCAGUUUUUAUAUUAAAAGUAGAAAUUUGAUGUUUUUAUUUGCAAAAAAAUUUAGAUUUUAAAGAUUUUUUUUUUUUUUGCAGGUGACUUUCAGAUUUUGAGUACCCUCUAUUAUGCUUCCAUUUUAUGUUAUUUUAAAGCACCUAACCAAUAUUUUUCCUUUACACUUUUGAUCUUAUAAUACCUUUGAAAUUUUGUUAAAUGAAAUUUUGUCACCUUUCAAAUAAAAUAACUGGAGUUGAAAAUGAUAGAAAUUCUAAUAUAUAGUUACUUCAUGUGAGAUUAACAAAUUCAUGAGGUUUUGUUUUUUUUUGCAAACCUGAUUGCAUUGAUUAUGUAUACUCUAAUUCUUUUAAAGUCCCUGGGCUUGUCUAAUGAGGUCACUGCUGAACAAAAUUGUUUACUCAAAAAAAAUUGUUCUAAUUUUUUUUUUAAUCCUCACCCAAGGACAUGCUUAUUGAUUUUAGAGAGAAGGAAAGAGGGAGAGAAACAUAGAUGUGAAAGAGAAACAUUGACUAAUUGCCUUCCACAUGUGCCCUGACCAGGAAUCAAACCUGCAACCUUCAGCCACACCAGCCAGGGCCUAAUGUUUUUAAAUGACUUGUCAACUGAAUAAUUUCUUUUUGUUAAAUAAGUGAGAACUUAGUUUUUAAUGAAAGUCCUGAAGUGGAAGUAUAAACAAUGUAUCUUAGAAAUCAUCCUCCAGCUUUCUGUCUGGGAAAAUCUAUUAAGUGACUCCUCCUCCCCAUAAUAAUGACAUGGGAAAAGUUUCCAGCAGAUUUCAGUCUGUUCUUAAAGUUUCUGCCGGCCAUUUUCUCAUUAGCACGUAGUAUCAAGAAAUGCAUUUAAAGUAUUUGCUUAUAAACUUUCUCAGUCAGAAUAGAAAAGUAAUUAAAGUACUGUCAGUUUUUCUGCCCUUGACCAAAAAGUAAAGAAAACCAAACAAACUCAUACUAACAGGGAAAACUGAUUACUUUAGCAAUUUACCAAUAUUAUUGAUACGGGAAUUUUGUUAAUUCCUGUUCAUAGGAUAACAAAAUGGUAUACAAUAAUAGCCAUUACUUGGAGGUUGUCAUUAUUUGCUAUGAAUGAACAUAAAUGACAGAUGAAAGGUGAAUAGCAUAGAAUCUGUCAUUGCCAAAUUAUUUGUGAAUGUGUUGUUUAGAUUCACUAUUCUUUAAAAAACACACAUUACUGGUUUUCCUAAUCAUAUUUUAGUAUUAGCAGUAGUGUGGGGGAGGGGGGGCGACCACAAAGAUUCUUUACAAAAUUUAAUUCUGAAACUUCUUUAGAAAAUUUAGGUCUUCUAUGUUCAGAUAGAAGAGAAGUGGGCCAGGAGUAGCAGGUGAUUGAUUCCUUUUAUAUGGUUCUUACUGUGAUCAUGGGGUGGGGGCGGGGAACCAAGUGCUCUCUAGAUGUAUUGCCGAACAUUUUAUGUUUGCAUUUAAACUUGAAGUGUAUGAACAGAGUGAGACAAUCAGUUAAAACCAGAAAUAAGUGUUAUAAACUUAAUGGCCUUAUUUUACUAUAGCAAUAAAGUGACCAAGUGCAAUGACUUGAUUUUAUAAAAUCAUCUUUUAAAAGUUGCUGCUAUGAAUAUUUUUAGCCAUGGAAUUUUACCCUUCUUUUCUCUUCACUUGUCUUCAGUAAUUACAGUGUAAUGCAUUUGGUGUUGUGGUAUGCUAACAUUCCAGGGUGGGUGGGAAAAAAAUAAAUAUAUAAAUUCAAGAAACUCAAAACUCACUUGUUUACAGGUGCUGUAAAAAAGCAUGCUUCUGCUUCAAAAAGAAAAAUAAUAAAAGAAUACUA